UGACGGUGUAUUGUGAUAUUAAGAAUUAUGAUUAUCAGAAAAAGAAGCAAGUAUCAGGAGACGCGGUAGUGUCUCCGACCAAAUUCAAUGUGAUUAUCAUUAGGUUUUAGAUUAAAGACGCUCGCGCAGUUUUCUUCGCGAGAUCGAGAGAAACGUGCGGAGAUACGUGUGCGCCCUGUUUUUCCUUCACGCGAGAACACAGUACGCCCUGUUUUCCCUUCGCAGUCGAAAAUCUCUUCGUGGUUAGCUUACAAACAAAAGCUGGCAACGCUCUUUCACCGGUGAAUUAUGUUUGUUAUGCUGAAAAAAGAGAUUUUCUUACCCAUGUAGGAAUUGCCGAUAGCAUUCCUGUAGUACCACUGGACCAAUAAAGGCCCAACCAUGAUAGCUGAUAUUCGAUAUUGACAAUUGGCCCAGUCUUGUCCCAAUCUUGUAUUUAUAAAUGGCCCAAUAUUAGCCUGCUUGUUUCACCAGUACUCGGCAUCCAUAUUGGGCCAAUAUUGACAAGAAGACAGGACCAACAUUGGAACUGUAAUUUUACUAAGCAUCGUUUUUGCACUGGUAAAACAACAGGCCCGAUACUGGCACUACUGACGGAUCUGUUAUAUAAGCGCUAAAAUCAGUCGUGCACGACAUCAAUUAUACCUAGGCUUACCAUCCGUCCUGAUUUAGCAGGACAUGUCCUGAUUUUGGAUGAUUUUAAAAGCGUCCUGAUUUAUUUUUUAAAAUAAGUGAAAUGUCCUGAUUUAUCGCCGAUAGGCAAACUUACGUUUUGUCUGCUAUGCUUUAUGGGCGGGUGAGUGUGUUCAGAAAGAGAAAAACCAAAGCGCCAAAUAAGUCCCUCAAGAUCUUUAAUGUUUUUGCAAUUUACGGUCAGAACGAAUGCAUUAAUGAAAUUGUGCAACUUUGCCAAAAUCACUUUUCUUGAAAACACCAUGCUCAUCAAUUCGAAACACGCGCGUGAUGCGCAACGCGUUCUCCGCAUUAAUUGUUUGCGACUCUUGCGAGUUGCGGAUUUGAUUCGUGUCGUACUUUGUUACAUAACCUUGCCUGUUGUCUCAGUGCAUGUCCCUGUCAGUGUCAAUAAACCAACUAAACGUCACAUGGUUGACGGCACAUUAAAUACACAAUGAAAAAAAAUCCAUGCAUGUCCGUCAUCCGCGAAAUUAAAAUAUAUAUUUUUUCGUUGGUUCGUGAAAAGUUUAGAAAAAACUGACAAAUCGAGAUGCCGCCAAAAAGAAAAUGUCAUUUUACCGACGACUUACGCCGGAAGUACUCAUGUUUCGGUAAAGGUCGAAGUGAGUUUGAAGCAAAAUGUCAAAUUUGUGAUUCAUAUGUUUCAAUAGCGAAUAGUGAGAAUUCCCUCGCGAUACUCAACUUUUUCCUCUGGGAGAGAAAAAACAUGCGUUGCACCGACACACGGAUCAGCUCUAUAUUGUCAGGAUCAACCGAUCUGGAAAAGCACAUUAAUACACCGAAGCACGCUAGGAACAUUCGAGAUGCAUCAACAUCUAAAUCAAUGACAAACUUUGUUGUGCAUAAAUCGACACCCCUUGCUUUAAAAAUAUCAGCAGCAGAAGGAACGUUAGCAUUUCAUAUCGUGAAACAUCAUAACAGCUUUAAAUCAAUGGACUGCACUUCAACUCUCUUGCGUACCCUUUUCGACGACUCUGAUAUUGCCAAAAAAAUAUCGUGCGCCCGUACAAAAACUGAAGCAAUUAUAAACGGUGUAUUAUCACCCCACUGUAUACUCAUGGUUUCUAAUGACCUUAAGAAUAUUCCAUUUGUGAGUAUAAGUACGGACAGCAGUAAUCACGGCAAUAAAAAAUUAUUCCCUAUUGUUGUCUAGUACUUUGAUCAUAUUCAGGGAGGAAUUCAAGUACGUAUGUUAGACUUGCAAGAAACCAACAACGAAACAGCUGAAACAGUCACAAGUUUGAUCGAAGGUGUUAUCACAAAACACAAUUUAAAUAAAAAAAUUAUUGCUUUUUCUGGCGAUAAUACAAAUACCAACUUUGGUGGUUUGAAUCGUAAGGGUGAACAGAAUAUUUUUCAUUUACUAAAAAAUCGUGUAAAUUCUGAACUCGUCGGAAUUGGUUGUCCGGCGCAUAUUCUCCAUAAUGCGAUUCAUCACGGUCUCGAUCAAUUUGGCCUGUUCGAUAUUGAUGCCCUGGUUCUCAAGAUCUUCAAUUUUUUUUCAAUUUACACGGUCAGAACAAAUGAAUUAAAAGAAUUCUGCGACUUUGUCGAAGUCACUUAUCGUAACCUAUUAUACCACAGCAAGACGCGAUGGCUGAGCCUGCUGCCUGCUGUUCAUCGAA